UCUGCUGUGUGCUCGGACUUAACCCAUUAAAAACAUUUCCCACACUCAGGGCUACGGCACCUACGGCUUCUCCCCCGGCCUGAGAUCUCAGAUGUCUGUAAAGAUGAGACUCAUUGGAAAAACAUUUCCCGCACUCAGGACAGGGCUACAGCUUCUCCACCGGUGUGAGAUCUCUGAUGUCUGUAAAGAUGAGACUUAUCGGAAAAACAUUUCCCGCACUCAGCACAGGAAUACGGCUUCUCCCCCGUGUGAGAUCUCUGAUGUUUGUAAAGACUGGACUUCUGUGAAAAGCAUUUCCCGCACUCGGGGCAAAAAUGUGGCUUCUCCCCCGUAUGAGAUCUCUGAUGUGUGUAAAGAUUGGAUUUCUGCGUAAAACAUUUCCCGCACUCAGGACAGGUAUAUGGAUGCUCCCCCGUGUGAGAUCUCUGAUGCUUGCAAAGGCUGGACUUAUCUGAAAAACACUUCCCACACUCAGCACAGGAAUAUGGCUUCUCACCCGCGUGAGAUCUCUGAUGUCUGUAAAGAUGAGACUUAUCGGAAAAACAUUUCCCGCACUCAGCACAGGAAUACGGCUUCUCCCCCGUGUGAGAUCUCUGAUGUUUGUAAAAACUGGAUUUGUCUGAAAAACAUUUCCCGCACUCAGCACAGGAAUACGGCUUCUCCCCCGUGUGAGAUCUCUGAUGUUUGUAAAGACUGGACUUCUGUGAAAAGCAUUUCCCGCACUCGGGGCAAAAAUGUGGCUUCUCCCCCGUAUGAGAUCUCUGAUGUGUGUAAAGAUUGGAUUUCUGCGAAAAACAUUUCCCGCACUCAGGACAGGUAUAUGGCUGCUCCCCCGUGUGAGAUCUCUGAUGCUUGCAAAGGCUGGACUUAUCCGAAAAACAUUUCCCGCACUCAGGACAGGAAUACGGCUUCUCCCACGCGUGGGAUCUCUGAUGUGCGUAAAGAUUAUACUUCUGUGAAAAACAUUUUCGGCACUCAGGACAGAAAUAAGGCUUCUCCCCCGUGUGAGACCUCUGAUGUUUGACGAGUUCUGACUUUUUUACAAAACAUUUCCCGCACUCAGAACAGGAAUACAGCAUCUCCCCCGUGUGAGAUCUUUUAUGCACAUUAAGAUGGGAUUUAAAACGGAAACACUUCCCGCACUCAGUACAGGAGAAGCUCUUCUCUGUUGGAAG